UUUAUUAUCUGUAAAUUAAAAAAAAGGGCAGUAUUUUAGCCUAAGACUUGUACACCAAUGGACCCAAACAAGGUCAACAGAAUUGUCAUUUGUCAUAUUCUCAAGACCCUCGUGAUUUUGAUCAACGGCUACAAAAGCUCCAACGCAAAAUCUAAAACGUGCAGAUCGCAUACAACAAAUCAAAACUCCAAAACUACUAGCAAGCAAGCAACUACUGUAAUACUACUACUAUACUGGCAUUUGUUAAAGCUCUGUCUAGUUCAACACUAAACUAAACACCGAGCUUAAAAAGCACAAACAACAACAAAGCUCCAAAACCAAGACUUAAACCAGAAGUAUCUCUAAACCCCAAGAAAGGACCAACAUCGUUAGCGCCAGAUGAGUUUCACUAUGGGCUUGAACCUUCUCCUUCUCAUAGCCAUGGUUGCCACUAAUAUUCUAUCUCUUUACCACCUCUCUGCGCCUACUCUUCAAUCCCCCAAACCUCCAGCUCCUCUACUAGUCCCUGACCACCUUCUCAACCAAUUACAGACCAUACGCGCCACCAUUAACCACCUCAGUCGCCACCAACCCUCCACCGCCACUCCCACCACCACUCAAUCUAAACCCACCAUCCCUUCAGAUCUCCUCCUCUAUUCCCAUCUCUCUCCUAUAGCUUCUUCUUGUCAUAACCACCCUGACCUUCUCCAUAAGUAUAUGGACUACACUCCUUACUCUCUUUGCCCUUUUGACUCUGAUCUUGCUGAGUCUUUAAUCCUCCGUGGCUGCCACCCUCUCCCUCGCCGCCGUUGCUUUUCAAGAACCCCAUCAAAACCCCCUUCUUCUCUCCCGCGUACUCCUUUCCCUUCUUCAUUUCUUGACUCCAACGUAUUAUGGAGCAAAUAUUCUUGCAAGUCCUUUUCUUGUCUUGCUAAAGAAAGUUCAAAUCUUGGGUUUGAUUUAAAUGCUGAGAUCUCUAAAUUUAUGACUUAUAAAACAGAGUUAGAUCUCCCAAUUCCACAGUUUCUACAGAUAUCUAAAUCAGCUAAUUCUGUUAUUAGACUCGGUAUUGAUAUUGGUGGUGGUACUGGUACUUUUGCAGCAAGAAUGAAGCAGUACAAUGUGAGUGUAGUUACUACAACAAUGAAUUUCAAUGUGCCUAAUAAUGAAGUGGUGGCAAUGAGGGGUUUAGUGCCACUUCACGUGCCAUUACAGCAACGGUUGCCAGUGUUUGACGGGGUUGUGGAUCUGGUGAGAUGUGGACGUGCAGUGAAUAGGUGGAUCCCUUUGGAGAUUAUGGAGUUUUUGCUGUAUGAUGUGGAUAGAGUGUUGAGAGCCGGUGGGUAUUUGUGGUUGGAUCAUUUUUUUAGUAAAGGAGUGGAUCUUGAUAAGGUUUAUAAACCUUUGAUUGGAAAAUUGAAUUACAAGAAGGUGAAAUGGGCAGUUGCCAAUAAGACUGAUUCUGGUGGGUUGAAGAAUGGGGAGGUUUACUUGACUGCUCUCCUGCAAAAGCCUGUGUCAAGAUGAGAAUCAUACAUCGCACUAGAGGAAUUAUUAUCAGAUCUUUCUCUUGCUUGACUGAGCAAAACUACAAACUGCAGACUACCCUGUGCUCAAAACCAAAUGCCUCUUCAGAUAGAAGCUGUGGUCCUAUGAAUGGGCAGUGAAGCGAACAUACGUAUUGCCGCGCAAAUGCACAAGGAGAAAGUUAUCAAUGUUGUAAAGAUUGUGUAGAAUGGGGAAAAAGAAUAAUCAUAGGUGCAACGAACAGUGUAAAAUUAUAAAGGGUAUAAGCAGAACAUAUUGGAGGUGAUUGAUUUUUAUUGAUUUCUUUUACUCAGAAACAUGUUAUUGUCAGAAAUAAAUCAAAAGAAUGAGCAAACAUUUUUUUUUUU